GAGUUGCAAGGCUUGGCCAGGGACCACAGCCGCCUCAGGAUAAUCAAGUUUGAUGUGGUUGACUUCGAGAGUCUACCUGGGUUAGUGGACCAGGUGUGGGAGGCUGUAGGAUCAUCCGGUCUCAACUUGCUCAUCAACAAUGCUGGUAUCACGGAAACGAAGCAGAUACAGAUGCUUGGUGGUCCCUUUGAACGGCUGGAGCCACAGAUGUUCAGCACCAUCUUGGAGACAAACACAACCGCACCACUCAUGAUCAUAAAGGCCCUGUUGCCCCUGCUGCGUCAGGCAGCUGCAGCUGGUGGCGCCGAGGAACAUUUAAGUGUGAAGAGGGCAGCAGUGGUCAACAUCUCCUCCAUCCAGGGUAGCAUGGGCGCCUUCACAGGACAACCUGCUCCCUAUGGCUACCGAGCCAGCAAGUGUGUUAGUAAUCUAGUGUCGAAAUUUCCGACAAUGGGAGACACAUGGCCAUCAAGGCACGGCUUCUGUAAUAAUGUAAUAACGCUUAACUCCAAAUAUCCGGGGUCUGAGUGCAGUGUCAAGCAAGAAAUCUUCGUGGCUGUAGCACGUCAAAAUGAUUGGAUUCUAACUGUACAAUGA